GGUGUAGGUGCACUAUCCUAUUCCCCUCACUAUCCACUCGCGGGGGCCUGCGCUUGUCAGUGACCUUCCUUAUUCUCGCUAUUUGUUUAUACAACUUUAACAUUUGUUAAUAAUACGCUCUGCGUGGAGUAUCAUCCAUCGCUUUUCCUUUUUAAAUGGGCACUUUUAAGCGAACGCAAGAAGUAUCAACGGGAACAUUUUUAAACAGGCAUUUCACGGGACAGCAUUUCCUCGGCCAAUUAUAUAGACCCCUACUCACGUGACGUCACAGCCACGCCCCCGCGCCAUGUUGUCCGUAUACUCGUCAUGUUAAUGCAUUAGCGCUUCGUAAAUUCCUCCUAUUAUGGCGUGUUUUUCUGCUCGUUAACAUUCAUAAUCAAAAUGGUGAAGUCGUGUGUGGCGGUCGGUUGCAGUAACAGAGAAGACAGACGGAGAGACUUGAAGUUUUACCGUAUUCCGAGAGACCCGGAGAGGAGACCGAGAUUGACUGCUGCAAUUCGACGAGAAAACUGGGCUCCGAACGACUACCGCAGAUUAUGUAGUAGUCAUUUUAUAUCUGAGCGCGCCGUGGCGAGACGCGAAGUCCGGGAGGCGGAGCGGCGGCUUCGGUGGCGGGCUUCCGACGACGACGACGACGACACGGUCGUCGUCUACAACCGCGUACCCAAGACGGCCAGCACCUCCUUCACCAACAUCGCUUACGACCUUUGCGGGAAGAACCGCUACCACGUGCUGCACAUCAACACCACCAAGAACAACCCCGUCAUGUCCAUCCAGGACCAGGUGCGCUUUGUCAAAAAUGUGACGGAAUGGAGCGAGAUGAAGCCGGCGUUCUACCACGGACACGUCUCCUACCUGGACUUCAGCAAGUUGGGGGUGAAGAGGAAGCCCAUCUACAUCAACGUGAUCCGAGACCCCAUCCAGCGCCUGGUGUCCUAUUACUACUUUUUGCGUUUCGGAGACGACUACCGACCCGGCUUGAGACGCAGGAAACAAGGCGACAAGAAGACUUUUGACGAAUGCGUGUCGGCCGGCGGCUCCGACUGCGCGCCCGAGAAGCUGUGGCUGCAGAUCCCUUUCUUCUGCGGACACUAUUCGGAAUGCUGGAACGCGGGGAGCCGCUGGGCUCUGGAGCGGGCCAAAUACAACCUGCUCAACGAGUACUUGCUGGUGGGAGUGACGGAAGAGCUGGAGGAUUUUGUCAUGAUGCUGGAGGCGGCUCUGCCGCGCUUCUUCAAAGGAGCCACCGAGCUCUACAAAACAGGGAAGAAAUCCCAUUUGAGGAAGACCAGCGAGAAGAAGCCGCCCACCAGGGAGUCCACGGCCAAAUUGCAGCAGUCGGCCAUCUGGAAGAUGGAGAACGAGUUCUACGAGUUCGCCUUGGAACAGUUUCAGUUCGUUCGGGCGCACGCCGUUCGGGAAAAGGACGGCGAACUUUACGUGCUGCCGCAAAACUUCUUCUACGAGAAGAUCUACCCCAAAAACUAAUCCGUCGGAUCCUCAUAGAAGCCCGGCGGGCAGAGAGAUCCCCGUUCCCGCCGGUCACGGUUUCCGUUAUCCUCCGUGCGGGAGGGACAUUUGCCGGGGACGUGAAAGGAAUUGGGCGCGACCGGAGCCCGCGUUUUCAUCCGUCCGUUGCCGUUUGCUCGCGCGCUCCGUUCCGUUCCGAUUGGAGCGGGAGGGGCGGCGGCCGACCGUCGCGUUCGGGGCGAACCGCGGAAGGGUCGGACGUCCGUCGCCGCCGGUAACGGCCAGUGACUCGAGUGCAGUCAUUUUCCAAAGCGCGUCAUGUCGCGGUAGCCGAUCAAGGCGUUUUUUUUUUUUUUUAAUUAUUAUUAAGAUGAAGCGGGCUCUUCUUAUCGCCUGCCCGGACCUCUGAAAAAGACUCACUCCUCCCAAACUGCAGGAAGGAAUCCACUGAAAAUGCCGCUUCCUGUAAAUAGACGUUUUCAGUAGAUGAAUGGUUUGAGCUUUGCUUUGUAUUUCAUUCAAAAUGUGCGAUUGUCAUGACUGGCUGAAUUGACCUGAUGUACAUGAUUGAUUUUGUUUGAGUUUUUCCUCAUAAGCAGGGCCGGCCCAGCCUAUACGCAGACUAUGCAGCUGCUUAGGGCCCCUGACCACUAGGGGCCCGGAUAGGGGGCAAUCUGGCAAUUGUUUAAUUUAUAUUCUAUUUUGUUUACUACAGUUUGCUUUCUUUGACUUUUGCGAGUUUUGAUUUUUUAUUACAAGCUUAAAAAAUAAAAAUUCUGCUUUCUUUCCUCUUUUAGAAAAUGGUUUGGCGUUAUCUACUGUAAGUACUGACAAUCAUUUGAGGUGAGAAGUUUGAGGAAUGCAGUGCAACAAAAUCGGAUUAAUAUACAAAAUAUGGACAUAUAGGUUGGAUUGCAUCUAUGGGUUUCACAGUACACUGUGACGAAAUGGUGCACGGGCCAAAAAUAUGGGCCCCUUGGCAUUAUUUUGCUUAGGGCUCCCAAAUGGCCUGGGCCGGCCCUGCUCAUAAGACGCGAGGGAGGGGUAACUACCUUUUGGGUAAACCAAACAAGAACGUGAUCAGCAACUUUGGUGUGGAUCGGGUGUCAAAACAAUUCCACAAAUUUGCUUCCAACCAAUGAAGACGUCAUCCUUUCACAAAUCAAGGGUCAUCAGUUAAUUGCAGUCAGGUGCGGCUUGGUUAAUCUGUUUGCGCAGUCUUGGUUGAAAUGAAAUCCGGGACCCUCUCGGCCCUUUGUGGAAUUGCUUUGACACCCCUGGUGUAGAUGCUUUUAUAAAAAGUUGGUGAUUUUUGCUGUGCCUUCCUUGGGCCCGAAACACUGAUGCAGCUGUGCCCAGUGUUGUUAGUAACGGCGUUACAAUAUAACGGCCUUACUAACGGCGUUAUGUUUUUCAGUAGUGAGUAAUCUAAUUAAUUACUUUUCUCAGUUUGGCAACGCCGUUACCGUUACUGAGGCGGGAAAGGCGUGCGUUACUAUGCGUUACUAGGUUGGUUGAAUAAAAAAAGUCAGAGAGACGGACUCACGGAGACGAGAGAGCAGAGCAGGAGUGGGGAAGACGCCGUUGCAAACGCGAUGCUAGGUGGCUCCAAUAAUACCUGACUGUAGCCUACAAACUGCGCCCACAUGAUACGGUAGAUGUCACAUAUUAUAGAACUAGAUGCUAAAGAUAGAGACGGCUGCAUUGGCAACAUGUUUUAAGGACUACAUGCGUUAGUAAACAACCGCCAUCUUAAAGCAGUAGACCUCUCAGGAUGGCUCUGUUGUAGAGAUCCUUCCUAGCGAACCAACUUUUUUUUUUUUAUCUAAAAUGGUCCUAAAUCGGCAAAAUCUUGACUUAAAUCUAUCUUUAAAUGAUGAAGCAGUUUUAAAACUUACACAUGUUGAAAGUAGACAGAAGGGAACUAAUGCAAUAGCGGGAGCAAUUUUAACAACUUUAACGGUUGAUUCACAACUUUAAAUGACUUCCACACAUAGCAAAGGUAGUUAUCGCAAUACCCUUGUGUCUAGAAUUGGGCUAGGGCCAAUUGUCCCAAAAACCCUUUAAACUUCACAUUGUGUGACCUGUUUUUUUUUUUUUUUUUUUUUUUUUUGAGAAAAAAAAAAAAACAUAGAAAAUUAUCUCUAGUUACUUUGCCAAGUAACUAAUUACUCUUAAAUUCAGGUAACUGAGUUACUAACGCAAUUACUUUUUGGGAGAAGUAAUUUGUAACUGUAAUUAAUUACUUUUUAAAAGUAAAAUUAACAACACUGGCUGUGCCCCAUACAAAAUAAAACAACAUGGCUGUAAAAACACUUUUUUUUUUCCUUUCUAUUUUGGGGGAGGGGGUUCCAUCGUGAAAGCUGCUUGUGCUUUUAUCUAGUGUUCUUCAUCAACCAGCGCGCCUUUCGUCUUGAUUCGCGUGACGAGCGAGGCCAUUAGCGCCUUCCCCCACUGAAGUAGAGGUGCAACAAUUCAUCGGCCAAUUGAAUUCAUCCACUUUUUGAUGGUCCGUCACACGGAGACGUUGACUUAAAAGGGUUUAAAAUACACAGAAGUUCAGCCUCUGACUUAAAACCCCCGUGAAAGCAUAUUUAUUAUCAAAAGAAAUUAGGUGGGGGGGCUUUUUACUUUGAAAUAAUAUUUCCCCAUUUUUCUGACACUGUAUUUACGGUAUGUUUGCAAUUUUGCUCUGCUAGUAUCAUGUCCAUCCAUUAUUGCACCAGUUAUGUUUGUUGGGGAAAAAAAACUAGCUUCCCCCCCCCACCAGGCACAACCCCUUUUUUUUUUUUUUUUUUAAAUAACCGAACCAUCUGCCAGUAAAGAUGCGUCUUUUGUCUGAAAUAAAAGACAGUUGAUUGAAAGUCCUAGUGGUCGAACUAUAAAGUGCUGAUUUUGUUUACCAGUGAGGGUAAAGAGAGUAUACUCUUGCCUUUAAAUGGAUUUCAAAUUUUCUGUAUUUUUGUUCUUUCUUAGCAACCAGUCUCUAUUAGGAGACGGAGAGCAAGCAUUUUUUGUAAUAAAGUUUUACUAACAUGACUGUCUUGGUUUGUAUUUUGUUAUCUACUGCUUAAGAUGUUUUAUACAGUACAUAUUCACACAUUUUUUUACUAUAUGUGCCCCUCCCCCCCUUAAAAAAAGUGUGAUGUGAGUGAAAGUUU